AUGGUGGUCGAGCCAGGCGACGGGCAGAGCUUGCAGGUCUUCCUGGAGAGAUUCGAUCUGCAGAAACACCCGGAUACUGGAUGCAUUGCUUCCUUGACCGAUGCUGAGAUAUUUGGCGACAAACUCAGCGCCGCUGACGAUGGUGGCCCUCAAGGCGAUGAGUCCAAUCCGCAUGUCCAGGAUAUAGCUGAGGAAUCCACAAUAUCUGAACUUCCUGUUUCUCCUCGGGUCCUUGACCAACCAGAGCACGCCACUAUCGCCGGGGUGCUGAUGGACGACGGAGAACAAUGGAUGGAACUCAGCGCUGGCACCAGCCCUCCACCUACUGGGAAUGUUAAUGAUGACCGAGGGUAUGGCUCGGACUCGGACGUGAAGCGAGGCACCAAGCGGAAGCGAUCCUCAGGACAGUCCUCGGAAGAGUCUGCUUCCGGACCCUCCCGCUCUCGCUCGCGUUCGCACUUCUCCCACAAUUCACGGCCGAGAUCACUGUCAGCCUCCACAGACGAGCUAUGCCUGCGUCCCGAGAAACUGCGCCGUUCUCCUUCCCCACGCUCUGUGGGAAGCCCAUAUGCACAAGACCAAACGCAGCCCAUGACACUUUUCGGUGGUGAACCCGAAGAAGACUUCAAGGAGGACGUGCGAGUCGACGAGACGUCGUCCGACACAGUCUCUCACUUGUUGCAAGCCUCUCCGCCUGAGUCCUCCAGGCCCAGUCCUGCCUUCGAAUCAAAGCGACGGCUCGAGUACAUUACAACCCCUCCUCCUGCGGCCCCGGUCGUUUCGUUCAACUUCGUUUCUGACACGGGUACAACGAGCGAGGUUCCGGCGUCACCUGCAAAACCGAGGCUGCCUCCGGAUUUCGUUCGUUUCAAGCAGGAGUACUCGCUGCCUCCUCUCAGUGUCCUCCCUGUUGAAUUCCAGCGCAAGGGCGUAUCCGGUCGGCACAAGAAGAAACGAGACAAAGACAAGCAUGAGAAGGGCGGUGACAAGGGGGAACCCAAGAAGGAUGAUUGGCAACCAAUCGGCAUACACAAGUGGGGAGCUCUUGUUCGUGCCAACCCGGUCUGGAAAAAGCUCGCGAAGGCGACGAAGUGUGUAAGCACCCACGACUGGAAUGUUGCUUACAGAGAGCUGAGACUGAUCCGCACUUUGGAACGAGUCGAGCUGCUGAAGGAGGGUAGUGGAUGGAGUUAUCGCCAGCCAAAGAAGCAGAGAACUCUAGGUGGAACAGCCAAAUCUCACUGGGACUACCUCAUGGACGAGAUGAGAUGGAUGCGCAUCGACUACCGUGAAGAACGACGAUGGAAGAUUGCGCUAGCGUACAACCUCGCUCAUGCUGUCAUGGAAUGGCACGAGGCACAGUCAUUGGAGGAGCGCGUGCGCCGUGGCAUCUGCGUACUCUGGAAGAGGCCGCGCCCGGAGGAACAGGACGAGGAUGCGAACCUACGCGACGAUGUGGAGAUCCCCGACAUGGAUAACGACCGCGGAGCUGAUUCCAGAGAAACCAACACUCCUGCUAACGACUCUGAUUCCGAAGACGAAAGCGAUGAUGAAGGGGACAAGGACAGGGCUAAUGUCUACGACCCCCUCGCUCCCGAUAACCUGGCGAGAGACGCAGUGGAAGGGAGCUCCAAUCCGGAUCCUGGUCCGAGCUCCUUCAAGGUUGGUCCCGCAGACUUGAGGCCUAAGACAGAGGACGAUGAUGAUCUUUCUGUCUUACGCCUGCCUGAGAGUUCGAGUCAGCGUAAGGUCAUGGACAUCGACGGCGACACACCAUCUCCGCAGAAAUUAAAAGGCCUGUCUCUUGUCGACCCUAAGCACGAAGAGAACGCUUUGCAAGCCAUGAAGCUGCACUCAAAGGAUCCCACACUCGUUGCACCGUAUUCAAAGUCCAAGGCAAGGCGCGAUGUCAGCGCGUACGGCCCCUUACGUGACCAGAUCCUGAGCCUGGAAAUGGACAAGUUGGUGCUCGACCUCGAUGACGCCGAGCUCGUCAAGGGCAUGACCGAGCUCUCGACGGAUGACAACGCACACCACAAUCACGCUACACACCUUCCCCCCGCCGAUCUGUCGUCCAUUUUCCCCGACCUUACGCCCUAUGGCAUGCUGGAGCCGGUAACUGGAAUAGUCUUCGACAGGAGGAAGUCCGAGAAACCGCGGGUGGACAAAGACGACCCGAACAAACGCAUUGACGAUACAUUGUACAGCAAGUUGACGCCCAUGAGCGACUUCAUGCUUCAGAAGCCGACCUUGCUUGGUGCUCUGCAGCCGUCGUCCCAUUGGAGUGGCGAUCACUGGGAGACAAUCGAGGAGAUGCCGGUGACACUGGACUAUGACUCCCCGAUGUCUCGGACAAUCGAGGACAGUUCAUGCAGUCUGUUCGAGGGUCUGAAAGCUGGCUCUCCCUCUUCGCACUUGUCGCUCCUUCCUCAUGGAUCCAAAGAUUCUCGCAGACGUACCACCGACGUUUUGUGGACUCCGCAAGACGACGCACUCCUGAAGCAGUUCGCUGACAUGUACCCGAACAACUGGGCGCUGAUCACGGAUGCGUUCAACUCAUCGCGGGUGACGAUAGCUACGGACAAGAGAAGUGCAGCGGACUGUUUCGAUCGCUGGAACACGCGGUGGGGCAGGUCUGACACCGGUGCAGACGAUGGUCGUACGCAGACCACGACGACGCAGAUGACGACGCGAUACAAGCGUGCAGCGAGCAAUGCUGCUGCUUCGUUGGCUGCCAAUACGGCGACCUCGUCGGGCGUCGACGCGAAGAAGCGAAGGCAUACCCUCAUGCACGAUGCAAUCCGGAAGGCGAUAAAGAAGAAGGAAGCCUCAGCUAAACAAAAUGCGGCGACGCAACGCAAGCCUGCGGCGAUUCACGACACUCAUGGCCAGUACAACAAGCUGCCCCGGUACACGCCCGCGGAACUUAGUCGUAUUAAACAUGAGAAAGAGACCCUUGUGCGCGAGCAAACCCAGCAGCGACAACAGGCGCAACUGCUCCAGCAACAGCAACAACAACAGCAGCAGCAGCAGCAAGGGCAGCCGCCUCAACCCCAACAGCCGCCUCCGAAUAGCACGCCUAGGCCCGUGGCCAACGGAGUGCCGCAACAGCAAGCACCGCAAGUCCCCCAGAUCCGGACGCAGGUCGGCAUAUCGCAGCAACAACGACUGUCCAACCCAAUGGCCCUAGCGAACAGCCGCCUCUCGCCGACGCAACUCAUGCAGGCCCAAGCGCAGGCCCAGGCCCAAGCCCAAGCUCGCGCGCAGGCCCUCGCACAAGCACAGGCUGCGCAGGCCGCACAAGCACAGGCGCAAGCGCAAGCGCAGGCUCAAGCGGCGUCGAGCGCGAUGAACGGCGCGCACCUCUCCCCGCCGUACGCCGCGCGGGCCACGAGCUCCUCACCGGCGAUCCCUCAGCAGGCGUCGCCGCCGCGCACGUCUGCGACGCCCGUGAACGGCGCGGCGGGCUCCUCGCGCCCGUCGUCGACGCAGCCGCAUGCGGGGAUGGCGCAGGGCGUGCCGCGCCAGACGACUCUGGGGUAUUACACCCUUCCGACGAUGCACAAUACGCAGUUCACGCAGGAGCAGCAGAUAGAACAUACGAUGCAGCUGCAGAACUUGUUGCGGAAUGCUGCGAGCAUGACCCAGAACGCGCAGAAUAACGCGUACCAGCAGCAGCAGUGA